UGAUAUUUCUGUUAUUUCCUUUAUUUUGCUGCUUUGUCUGUCAAAACACUUGGAACUCUGGUUUUACAGGUGCAAUAUAAAUAAAGUCUUCUCUGUAUGAAACGUCUCAGAGCAGCUGAACCACAGUGAUCAGUCUGAGAAGUCUCGCCUUUAAAAACACUUUCAAGUUUCCUUCAGACUGAAGAUCAGAAACUUGAAGCUGGAGCUGAAUGAGUGACAGUCUAACCUGUUGUUGUUGCUGUUGCUGCUGCAGCAGCAGCCCUGACCCUCACCAUGGUGCUGAGGGAGGUCCCCGUGGAGAACAUGGCUCGUCCUCUGGGCAGGAACGAGGUCCUCGGUCUUCUCUUCAGACUCACCAUCUUUGGAGCCGUCACCUACUUCACCAUCAAGUGGAUGGUGGAUGCCAUCGACCCCACCAGGAAGCAGAAGGUGGAGGCUCAGAAACAGGCCGAGAAGUUGAUGCGUCAGAUCGGAGUUAAAAAUGUGAAGCUGUCAGAAUACGAGAUGAGCAUCGCUGCUCACCUGGUCGACCCUCUGACCAUGCAGAUCACAUGGAGGGACAUCGCCGGUCUGGACGAGGUCAUCACAGAGUUAAAGGAGACGGUGAUCUUACCUGUUCAGAAGAGACACCUGUUCCAGGGCUCCAGACUACUGCAGCCUCCUAAAGGCGUGCUGCUUUACGGACCUCCUGGCUGCGGGAAAACACUCAUCGCCAAGGCGACGGCCAAGGAGGCGGGGUUUCGCUUCAUCAACCUGCAGCCGAGCACGUUGACGGACAAAUGGUACGGAGAGUCUCAGAAACUAGCUGCUGCUGUCUUUUCAUUGGCUGUCAAGCUGCAGCCGUCAAUCAUCUUCGUGGACGAGAUCGACUCGUUCCUGAGGAGCCGGUCCAGCUCGGACCACGAGGCCACGGCCAUGAUGAAGGCCCAGUUCAUGAGUCUGUGGGACGGACUGGACACAGACCACCACUGUCAGGUGAUCAUCAUGGGAGCCACCAAUCGUCCUCAAGACCUGGACUCUGCUAUUCUGAGGAGGAUGCCCACCAGGUUCCACAUCAACCAGCCUAGUACGAGUCAGAGAGAACAGAUCCUGAAACUGAUCCUGGAGAACGAGAGCGUGGACCUGUCUGUUGACCUGGUUGGCGUUGCCAAAGAGACGGACGGUUUCUCAGGAAGUGACCUCAGAGAGAUGUGUCGUGACGCCGCUCUGCUCUGUGUCCGAGACUUCGUCCACACGCAGAACGACAGUCCAUCGGAGGACUUCAUCCGUCCGAUCCAUCAGUUAGACCUUCAGAAGGCGAUCGGUAAGAUGAAGAAAUCCAAGAUGGCCGGCGGUCACAGCGCUCUGCUGCACGCUGCUCUGGACUGAACACACACACACACACACAGGUCACAUGACCAUUGUGUUAUGACAUCAGCUUUGCCUGCAGUCGUGGGUUUGAUUCCCAACGUACCCGUUUAUGUGCCACUUCUCAGAAAUAGAAAUAAAAACAUGAAACAAACGCUGCUUUGAGAAUCUUUUAAAAUAAGAAGAAUGAAUUCUUGUUACAUUUCCUCUCAUUGGGUUCUACUGUACGUACGUACGUACGUACUACACUACCCAUGAGCCUCAGCAGCUGUGACAUCAGAACUCAAAACAAAAGAACGGAUUAAGAUCUCUGGAUUUUCCAUUGACUUCUACAGACUUUCUCCUUGCUUGAUCUUUUAUUGUGAAACCCCCCACAGCUCUCUUAUUUCCUAAUAAUUUAACCGAAGUUUCCUGAAAAGAAACAUAAAAUAGAAACUGUUCAAUUAAAUAAAGAAACUCAUUAAGACAACAUUCAACAUCUCCAGUAGAGUCGGCUGACCUGAAGCAAAUGUUAACUAUUGAUUACAAUAAAUACAUUGGAGGGGAACCUGAACAGUGAAGAAUACUUAUUCAUAAAUAACAUAUGAAUAGAUAUAUUAGUACAUAACACGUAUUCUUUCCGGGGACAUGAAUAGAAAAUUAUUAGUAAAUAAAUGACUUGUAAAAGAAGCUUUGCCUUUUUACUGCAGCGACACGUUCAUGAAGUGUACUUUAUUAUUAUGUUAUGUUUGAAGAACUGGUCUGUGGUUUAUAUUUUGUGUUAAGUGUUUCUUGAUUCAAUAACUCCUUUGGUCCAAAUAUUAAAUAUAUAAUAAUUAAGAUAAAACAUAAGAUAUAGAAUAUAAAGUUAAUAAAAUGUUCUUAAUCUACGACAGUAAUGGAUUCUUUGAUCACUUCAUCUGUAAACCACAAAGUCACUCUUUAUUUACACUUCCUGUUAACUGAUGAUGUAAUUGAUGGACAGUGAAAUAAACUUGUCAAAACA